CUACAAAUCAUGAAUGCCGAACAGAAAUUAGCCGUCUCGGCGCCUAAAGGGUACGUCCAAAUCAUUGCCGGCCCUGGUACAGGCAAAACCUUUACUUUGAUUCACAGAUUAAAGUAUUUGAUCGAUAGCGGCCUUGACCCCAAGUCUUUGGUUGUAAUGACCUUCACGAACCAGGCUGCAAAUGAAAUGACCCAACGUCUUUCAAUUGACAAAAGCCAAAUGCCUUUUCUGAGUACUUUUCACAAGGUCGCAAUCAGAAUAUUAAAGCAAAUUGGCAGGGUGAAUUUCCGCAUUGCUGUUGAAAGCGACCAGCGCAGUAUUUUGAGCGACAUUGUCCAAGGUGCGGAUCUUGAUUUUUUGUACACAAAAUCUUCCGGAGAAAAGAUCAGUUUUCAAAGAACUCAAAGCAAAGAUAUUGAUAUACUGCAAAGAUGUAUCUCAAAGCUCAAGGGUCAAGGAAUAGGACCCAAUGACUCUGAUCGUCUUUUCCCCUUUUACUGCCGAUACAAUGCUGAAUUGGAGCGCAGGGGCAUGUACGAUUUCGAUGAUAUUUUGAUAAAGCUUCGAGACUAUCUUUGGGAUCCUAGCACCGAGGAGGGCAAGCGCAUUCAACAGUUUGCCAAAACUAUUCAAGGUGUUUUAGUAGACGAGUUCCAGGAUACUAAUGCUCUCCAACUUGAUCUAGCCGAAGCGCUCGCCGAAGAAUCGGGCUGUCUUACAGUUGUGGGUGAUCCUGAUCAGAGCAUAUAUGGGUUCAGAACGGCCAAUCCCAAAAACUUUUCAACGUUGACCGAGCAUCACCCCGAAACGCAUAUCUAUUUUCUGUCAAGAAACUACAGGUCCACAAACGGGAUUCUUAGUUUUGCAGAAAGCACAAUCAAUAAAAGCCACACAAGGUUGUUUUCUCAGUCUCGCGAGCUGAAAGCAGUGGCAAAAUGUUCAAGUACUCCUUACAUGGUGCAAUCGGCAGAGUUCCAACUAACGGCUCAAUUCCACGCGUUGGCGAACCAAAUCGAGCGUUUGGUGAACUCUGGAAUAGAGUAUGGUGAAGUCGCUGUGCUGGCCCGACAAAGACGCCACUUUGCGGUACUGGAAGCUAUUCUCCUGCGCCAGAAGAUACCCUACAAAGUGUUUGGGGGUAAAAGCCUCUCAAAGCGCAAAAGCAUCCAACUUAUUUUGGACUACUUACGUGUAGUUGUCUCAGGAGAAGAUGAUAUGGCUUUGUCUCGUACAAUUAAUGUUCCUGCGCGCGGAAUUGGCCCUAAAACUCUCGAAGUCUUGAAAGGAAAUCACCGAAAUCUCUACUUGGCAAUGCUUGAAAAAUCCCCACACAAAGGCGUGCAUGAGUACCUGAACCUCAUUUGCAAUCUUCGGGAGAUGCGAGAGCAGAACGGUGACCUAUAUGAUAUUGUGUCCCUUGUUAUGGAAGUUGUACAAGCGGAAGUAAGGGACGACGAGAACUAUGUUUCUGCAUUCAUUGAGAGUUGCCGUGGAAUCCCAGCCAACGAAUUGGAGGAGUGCAUGGAAAAUUGGGCAUUGGACACGAGUCAAUCCACAGACAGAGGGAGCGUUACUUUGUCUACCAUUCACUCAGCAAAAGGGUUGGAAUGGCCAGUAGUCUAUGUCACACUGAACAACGACUUUUUCAAUUUUAUGGAUAACAACCAGCAUGAUGAAGAAACUAGGCUGCUCUAUGUCGCCAUGACAAGAGCUUGUGCGCACUUGGUGGUAUUGUACAAUACCCCACACCCUGGUCUGCCAGACAAUUUCAAGGCCGUGAAAAGUAUUGAUCAAUGCGCCCCAGAUAUGAAAGCGCUGAGUUCAAUCUUAAAACGUAAAAUUGUCUUCAAAAGGCCCACUGUUGAUGAUCAGAUGGUUGGGUUCAUAUCGGCUAUUGAUCUUCCGAUACCUGAGACGAAGCCGGAAACUGCCGCCAAAUCCACUCAAUCGCAAUUGCCUUUUCGAAAGCUGCCGGCUACAAAAAAACCGAGACACGAACCCGGAAGGCCGGCAAACCAAUCAAAUCAAUCAACCCUGUCUAGCUUUUUCAAGAUCUCCAAGUGA